GGAUCCCUAUAUCCCCUAUAGGGUUAUUACCGCCGUACCCCGUCCUACCUCCCGAUCCGGAGCCGCUCUCGCCGCGGUUGCUUUGCGGUUCCAAUGGUUCACUCCACGUUCCUAUUGGACCUACGGAAAGAAUCCAGCACCCGGCUCCGGUUCUACCCCCCACACCCCGAGUACGGAUGGAACCUCGACGACAUCAUCGUCUUCGCCUUCUCCUGCAAGAUGGCGGAGGUGCAGAUGUUCGUGUGCAAUAAGGAGCAGUUCGGGUUCCUGCCGGUGCCGCUGAGAUCCCACAGCACAUUGAGGGACGAGAAGGAGAGUUUUGAGCACGUCCUGCUGGAGAUCAUGGGUGGGCAGCGGGGUUAGGGGCACCCUAAUGAUAACCAUAACCAUAAUAAUAACCAUAACCAUGACCAUAAUCAUAACCAUAACCC